AUGGUGAAUGGUAACUUUGCUUACGGUGUGACCGGAGCAGCGCUGAGUGUUAUGGUAGAGGACAACGCCAAGCAAUGCUUCUACCAAGAUGUCGAGGCUCCUGUGAGGUAUAAAGUAGACUGGAGAGUGACGAGGGGUGGUCACAACGAUAUAGAUAUCAGCAUAGAAAAACCAAAUGGAGAAAAAGAACUCGAACUUUUAAAGAGUAACCACGGGACUCAUGUUUUCGAUGCGAUGCCUGGAUUAUACGUCAUGUGUUUUAGUAACGAAUUUUCAACAUUUGCUCACAAACAAGUAUUCUUUAGCUUCCGUCCUGAGAAUGUGGAGAGUCUUGCUGAAGAGGCUGGUCAAAAGGUUUUCCCAAAAGCACAAACUGCUCUUGAGAUGUCGUUUGAGAAUUUGCAUAGUCAUCUCACUAGUGUCUCCAGUGUUCAGCUAGAUUACCGGAACAAGGCUUCCUUAGGUCACAAUGUGGCUGACCAUUUGAACUUCUGUGUCCAGCUUAUGUCCUUGGCUUUAGCUGUUGUCAUCUUUGUGGUGGGUGCAGGACAAGUUAUGGUGCUUCGAUUAUUCUUUACGGACACGUAUUCCAGUGUGCAAGAGACUUUGAAAAAGGCAGCACAUACAGAAUUUAUUGAUCCGAUGGGCGCACCAAUGUAG